CACCAGACGUGUCAAAAAACAAGUUCACUUAAAAUCUCGUGAAGGAAAAUAAAAAAGGAAAAAAGUGAUGGUUUUUAUUGCAAUUAGUAUAGAGAUGUCUGUAUCUGAUAGUAAUAAUCGGCUAAAAUGAUAUUUAAAAUGGCUUUGGACAAGUAUGACGACGUGUAACUUAGGCAGCUUUCUUUCUUUCUCUUUCUAAAACGCAAAAGAAAAAGAAAAAAAAAAAGAUCUGUGAAAAUGACAAAAAAACCAAAGGAUAAAAUGGUCAAAGAAAAAAAUAAAUCGAAACAUAUGAAGGGCCGAGAAAGCAACAGAAAGUUAAGAAACCCUGAUUAUCGAGUUCUGUGAGAUCUGCAAAACGAAACAAUACAAAGAGGAGAAAAAUAGCCUCUCUCUCCCACUCUCUUCUCUUCUUUGCGAUUUUAUUUUUAUUUUUUCCUCAGAGACACGCAGAGACAAAUAGAAGCCUAUUGUGUUCGUUGCUGUUGAGUUUGGAUCUAAAGGCACACAAAAUCUUUCUCCUUUAUCUAUUAUCCAUAUAUUAUCAAAGAAGAAAAGAAAAAAGAUAUGAGGAUUCGAAAGAACGCAAACCUCUCUUCGCUUAUGUUCUCGCACGCUUCCGGAACUGAGGUGUUACAGACGCACGUCUGUCAGCUAAACCAGUCGCCAUGGGAUGUGAUUCCUUUUUCUCAAGAAGCUUACCAAUCUUCGCAUCUUCAUCAGUACGAAGGAGAAGAUAGCUUUAGUGGAAACGGUAGCCUAGCAGAUUCUAUUGGUGCUGUUGAGAGCAGCAGCGUCGCUUCGUUAAUGGAGUAUGACCCAGAAGACAAAGCAGCGAUAAAGAUAAAGGUUAAUAAUAUGGUCAUCGUAGACGAUGAUAAUUAUGAAAUAAGAAGGAUUAAUCAAGAGAAGAAAACAAUGUCGGAAGAAGAUUGCGAAUUCAACCACAAGUUGAAAAAAGGAGAGAAAAUUUAUUGCUGCAACAAGAUUGAUGGGAAAGAGUGGCAUUGCAAGAAUGAACUAAAAGAAGGUCAUUCGAUGUGCGACCAUCAUAUCUUGUCUUCGCUUAAAUCAUCUUACAACAAUAAUGUUACUAGUGCUUGUAUUGCUAGCCCUACUAACAGUCCAUCAAUCAAGAAACCCGAAAAAGCUGUAGCUGGGACACGCCGCGGCCGGGGUAAGGGAGCCAAGAAAGGGCAAUCAUCGAGCUCGAAUCCGUAUGAAUUUUACUAUUAUUCCGGGUUUGGGCCGUUGUGGGGCAAAAGGAGAGGUGAUAGGGGUGAAGGGAACAAAAAUGAAAGUAAAGAAUCUGAAAUUAGCGGUGCUAUUGCCAUCCACCAUAAUACGACGCCGUUUUCAGCUCCAUUGCCAAUCGAAGAUCACCAAGAGUUGGAUUUUGUGGAUGAGGAUGAUGACGAUGACGAAGACAGCGAAGGUGGUGAUAUUGGAAAGAAACGGAUGCGAAAACCAGUUAAAGCUAGAUCCUUGAAGUCCCUUAUGUAAUUUCGACUUUUUAUCGUUUUAUAUUUCUGUUUAUUAUGUUCUUAAUUGAUUUUUAAUUUUUUUUUUUUUUUUUCUUUUUAGGGUUAGGGGAGGGUUUUGCUUGUGAUGAUUUUGGUGCACAAUAGGUUGUGAUGUAUCGUGCGUGAGAUUAGAUUUUCUCUGUAACAUGACAGUAGGAGAAAGUAUAGGGUGUGGCAUUAGCGGACUUAAAGAUCGUAUUAGUCAACUGUUUCGAUAUGUAAGGGUAGUUCCGUAAUUUGACCUUUUUUUUUUUUUUUUUGGUUCCAAAUUAUGCUCCUUUUUGGUUAGCAACGAGUAGCGUAGAUCCUUUAGGUCCGCAUUAUGUAUUGACGUCGCACUAAUGUCUGAUUAAAUUAGAAAACCUUUUUAAAAAAGAAAAAAAAAGAAGAAAAGAACUAAUGAUUUCCUUGGAUGAGGAUUUUAUUU